UACGUGCAGUUAAGCUUAUUUGUCUGUCCAAACUAUAAACCGGCAAGCGCACAAACACUCCGGAAAAACAGGAACAGUCAAUAAGUGUAUAUAGGAAAGUGGAAAACAACAAGAAGAAGAAGAAAAAGAAGAAUCAGCCAACCCAACCCCCAUGCUACUUUUUCAUUUCACCUUCUUCAUUUCUCUCCCUUCUUAAUUAGCUCAUUGCUGCUCUGCAGAUUAUCUUCAUGAUAUUGAUACCCACCAUGAAUUCCAUGCGCUACGAAAAUCCAACAUGGGUUUACUCUUUCUUCUUCUUCUUCUUCUUAUUCUCGCUCUUCUCUCUCUCCCUCUCCGAUCCCCGGACAUCUCAGCCAGGCAUCUACUGCGGAGCCUCCAAGCCCCCGCUAUCCGCCAACUUCAUACCAACCUUUGUCAAAGAAAUGGAGAGCUUAUCGCAGCUCGUCACCGCGAAACACUGGGGGACCCACUUUGUCAACUCCACGCCGCCCAUGUACGGACUCGCUCAGUGCUUCCAAGACCUUUCCCACACCGACUGCCUCCUUUGCUACGCGGCAAGCCGCACCAAGCUUCCCCGCUGCCUCCCGUCGACCUCUGCUGCCAUAUUCCUCGACGGCUGCUUCCUGCGCUACGACAACUACAGCUUCUACCGAGAAGCUGUUAACCCUUUGAUGGACAACGUCAACUGCAGCUCCAAAAGCGGCGUGGUUGCGGAUGAAGUAAUUGCGAGGGUUGAGUUUGUGAAUUCUGUUAGGUUUGCGAUUGAGAACGUGACGAGGACUGCCGUGACAAAUGGAGGGUUUGGAUUGGCGGAAGUGAAGGGGUCGGUGUAUGCCUUGGCGCAGUGCUGGAAGACUGUAGGGAGUGAUGGAUGCAGAGAGUGCCUGGAGAAGGCCGGGAAGGCGGUGAGAGGGUGCGCGCCGAGGAGGGAUGGGAGAGGUCUGUUUGCCGGGUGUUAUUUGAGAUAUUCCACCGAGAAGUUUUACAAUGACAGGGGAGAGGCAGAGAAUGCAAGUCACGGUUCUUCUCGAACAGGAGUCACGGUAGCCAUUGUCUUGUCGGCAGUCGCCUUCCUAAUGCUUUUUCUGUUUGCCGCAUUUGCAGGGUAUGCAAGAUUAUCUAGGAUCAAAGAAGAGCGCAAUAAUCUGGGCCAAAUUUCAACCAGUAUUGACAGGCUUAGUUUGAAUUUCAAAUAUGAAGCUCUUGAGAAAGCAACGGACUACUUUAAUACAUCAAGAAAAAUAGGGCAAGGAGGAGCUGGUUCUGUGUACAAGGGGACUCUUCCAAAUGGGAAAACUGUUGCUGUUAAGAGAUUGAUUUUCAAUACCAGGCAAUGGGUGGAUGAUUUUUUCAAUGAAGUGAAUUUGAUCGCUGGAAUUCAACACAAGAAUCUUGUGCAGCUUUUGGGUUGCAGCAUUGAAGGCCCUGAGAGCCUCCUGGUUUAUGAGUAUGUACCAAACAGGAGCCUUGAUCAAUUCAUUUUUGACAAGAGCAAAGUUCAGACUCUAAAUUGGAAGCAGCGGUUUGAUAUCAUUGUUGGAACAGCUGAGGGGCUUGCACAUCUUCAUGGAGGUACUAAAGUAAGAAUAAUUCACAGAGACAUAAAAAGCAGCAAUGUUCUUCUGGAUGAGAAUCUAACUCCAAAGAUUGCUGACUUUGGCCUUGCUCGAUGUUUUGCUGCUGAUAAAACUCAUCUUAGUACUGGAAUUGCUGGAACAUUAGGAUACAUGGCUCCUGAGUAUCUUGUUCGAGGACAACUUACAGAGAAAGCAGAUGUUUAUAGUUUUGGAGUGCUGGUUCUUGAGAUUGUAUGCGGUAGGAGGAACAAUGCCUUCAUUGAGGACUCUGGUUCUCUUCUACAAACAGUAUGGCAACUCUAUCGAACAAGUAGACUUGCUGAAGGUGCUGACCCUUGCCUGAGAGACAAAUUCCCUGAAAAAGAGGUAUCAGAUGUGCUUCAAAUUGGGCUUCUGUGCACACAAGCUUCAGUUGCUUUGAGACCAUCAAUGGACGAAAUAGUUCAGUUGCUAAAUAAUAAAGAUGGUGAGAUUCCUAUACCAACGCAGCCUCCUUUUCUGAGUGCCAAUGUGCUUGAGCCAUCCAGCUCCAUCAAGUCAUAUAGCAUGAACAGCUUAGGGUCGAACGCCGCAAGAAAGACAGAAGAAGCAUCCUACACCUCCACAGAGUCCUCUAGCAUGGACAGUUCAGAUGGGCUAUCAAGAAUCUAAGAAUUCUUUUUAAUGCAAGGAUAACAAUGUAAAUUCACAUUUGUGGGUUUGAAGGAAAUCUUGCGUGAUUCUCUGCAGCAAAGCAACCCUCCAAGCAACAAGGCUAUGGAGAUGCUAAAGAAAGUAUAGGUUUUUGCUAGUCAGAACUCAUUAGCAGAUUUACACCAAGAGAUAGGAAUUUUUCUUUUAAUAAUUUUUGUAUUCAGGGAGGAAGUUCUGGAGGUUUGGUAACAUAUUUUUGCUCUC